AUGGAGCACGAGCGCCCACGACGCUACGAAAACGACGUGAGCGAGGAGGACAUCGAGAAGGAAUCCGAACUCAUCCGUCUGCUGCACUUCCGUAAUCUUUCAACGAUAGAGAUCCACAAGGCUUUCGAGGACAUCGGAAAGAGGCUGGGGAGAGUCGGAAAGCAAAAGGUGCGAAGCGUGAGGGAUGCGUUCGACGCAGAACGUAAGGCCGACAACGGAGUGUUCAACGACGCCCAGCUGUUCGUUUCGCACCUCCAGCAUAGCGAGGCUUUCAUGAGGUUCAAGGCAGACGAGCAGAGCCGCAUCACGUCCAUCGCCUGGGCAUAUCAGCAGCAGAAGUACAACGCCGUACGAUACCACUUCGUCAUCGUCCAGGACAACACGUUCAACACGAACAUAUACAAGUUCCAUCUUGCAUUGAUGGUCGUGCUGGACAAGGAGAAUCACAGCCAGAUUGCGAUGCAAGCUCUGCUGUCGGACGAGCGGUCGGAAUCCUUCGAGUUCGUCUUCGAGUCGUUCAAGCAGCUCUGCGAAGGAGGAACCCCGGAGACCCUGAACAAGUUGUGCGUCUGGCACACCAUGGGGAACAUCCGGGAGCAUGGGGGGGGUCUUGACAAGGGUGUCCUGGGUCAGGUUCUCAAGGCAGCGGCGUACGCGCAAACGGAGGAGGGCCUCGACACCUUCCUUCUCCCGGUCCAUUUUCUUCCAUCCCGUCGCGUGCUCCGUUACUUGUCACUCUCGAAGUAUUUCCUGCAAUGUAAAGGGGCGCUCCUCGACCUCUUGCCCCCGGAGAGCAAGAUGCACGAGUACAUGGAGAAGAACAUCUUCGGCGCAGGGUAAGCACCGACUAGAAUGGCAGCCGAUGCUAAGUGGGCAACGAUCGCGUGACGUCUUGCUCCUCCUCCGUCGACGAUGCAUUUCUCCUGUUUAUUCUGUUUGAAGGUCCCGUCAGUUGGUGACGUCGUCCGUCUCGUGCCCACUAUGUUUGAGCCGUCCCGUAACGUGUGACAGGCGGGCUGGCAAAUGGGCGUCGUACGUCCACCCUGGGCUGCAC